AUGUCGAACGAGAACCGCGCUUUUGAUACGGAUAAGUUUGGUCCUGGGUAUGGAUUCGAAUCACAUCCCAGGCAGGCUGUUGAAAUGCCGCCGACGUGGGUGCUUUGUGUCGGGCUGGUUUUCUUGAUAGGUGCACUUGGUUUCUGGGUUUACGUAGCACUAAAUCUACUUGCGCCAACUCCACGUCCACCACGCCGAUCUGAGAAACAAUACAUCACGAUACUGCCCGACGGAGCGCGAAGCGAACCCAAGGAAUUGCCGUGUUGGCUGGACAAAUGGGCCGCAGAGAAGGAAGUCGCGAAAAGAAAAGCAGCAAAAGAGCCGGGCAGCAAAGUUGUUAUCCCACCGCAAAUGCCGAUUGAAGAGGCCGAACUAUUCAUGAGUGUCGUGGUACCCGCCUACAACGAAGAAGACCGUCUAGAAGGCAUGCUCGAAGAAGCCGUCCAAUUCCUCGAGAGCGAAUACGGUGACGCGCACGGCGGCCAAAAAGGCAGCACCGCCCAAAAAGGCUGGGAAAUCCUCAUCGUCAGCGACGGAAGCAAAGACAAAACCGUAGAUGUAGCCUUGAACUUCGCAAAAGAACACCAACUUAGCCAGCAUCCCAAACCCAAACCCGGUCCUUGGUCUUCAGAAAAUGCAAACGCAACGGCGCAACACUCAACCCACAUCCCCCACGGCAGCAUCCGCGUCAUCUCCCUCGAGCAAAACAGAGGCAAAGGCGGCGCCGUAACCCACGGCAUGCGCCACGUCCGCGGCCGCUACGUCGUCUUCGCCGACGCAGACGGCGCAAGCCGCUUCUCUGACCUCGGCGCCCUCGUCCAAGGUUGCCAGAAAAUCGAAGACAAGCACGGUCGCGGCGUAGCAAUCGGAUCCCGCGCCCACCUCGUCGGCAGCGAAGCCGUCGUUAAACGUUCCAAACUCCGCAACUUCCUCAUGCAUGCGUUCCAUCUCUUGCUACGCAUCAUGACGCCCCCCGCCACGGCGCGAAUCCGCGAUACGCAGUGUGGCUUUAAACUCUUUUCGCGGCCCGCGCUGCCGUAUAUCAUUCCGUAUAUGCAUUCUGAAGGGUGGAUUUUCGAUGUUGAAAUGCUGAUGCUUGCUGAGAGUGCGGAUAUUGCUAUGAUUGAGGUGGCGAUUGGGUGGAAGGAAGUCAUGGGGAGUAAACUGAAUGUUGUGUGGGAUAGUCUGGGCAUGGCGUGGGGUCUUGCGCUGCUGAGGGCGUGUUGGAUAGCGGGGAUUUAUCGGAGAGAUUAA